AGAGUUCCACCAGAAAGGCCCAAGAUGAGAAUGAUUAAAACAAAUGAGGUAAUAGUAACCAACAGGAACAGUGAUGGAUUUAGAGGUGCAUGGCAAACGUGGCAUCAGAAUGGGCUACGGUGUCCCCAAGGGAACGGUUCCAAUUCGGAGGAGCACAGUGCAUGA